AUGUCCAUCAAGUCGGUGAUGCCAUCCAACCAUCUCAUCCUCUGUCAUCCCCUUCUCCUCCUGCCCUCAAUCUUUCCCAGCAUCAGAGUCUUUUCCAUUGAGUCAGUUCUUCACAUCAGGUGGAUUGGAGCAUCAAAGUAUUGGAGCUUUAGCUUCAGCAUCAGUCCUUCCAAUGAAUAUUCAGGACUGAUUUCCUUUAGGAUUGACUUUUGGAUCUCCUUGAAGUCCAAGGGACUCUUCAAGAGUCUUCUCCAUCAUCACAGUUCAAAAGCAUCAGUUCUUCAGUGCUCAGGUUUUUUUAUAGCCCAACUCUCACAUCCAUACAUGACUACUGGAAAAAUCAUAACUUUGACUAGACACACCUUUGUUGGCAAAGUAAUGUCUCUUCUUUUUAAUAUGCUGUCUAAGUUGGUCGUAGCUUUUCUUCCAAGGAGCAAGCAUCUUUUAGUUUCAUGGCUGCAGUCACCAUCUGCAGUGGUUUUGGAGCCCAAGAAAAUGAAAAAAACAAAAAACAUGCUGUGUAGCAUGGCCAAAAAAAUAAAAAUAAAUAACAAGAAUAAUAAAAUAAUUAAAAAAAAAAGAAACAAUGCAUUUUUGUGUGUAGGUCCUUUCUUUAAACUGCAUUCAAUAGACAUCCCCACAGACCCAGAGUAG